AUGUCGCACAUCAUCUCAUCCGCCAUGUCCGUGGCGCAGCAGAAGCUGGGCACUACCUCGUCUUCCAACGAUGGCCCCGAUCAUCAACCCGGCCUCUCUCCCCCACUCUCCCCCACCGGCGAACAGGACAUCGAGCUCACUGCGCCUACCCUCGCAGCAACUCGCUACUCUUCGCGUCGCCCGACUACGGCGCCUUCAUCUCCUCUUCCGCCCCAUCUGCAAAAGUACCAGAACAACAUGGGCAAAGACAUUACGGUCGACGUCAACAUCGGUCCCAGCACCUCCUCUGCCUACGCUCGUGCUCAGGGCAGCGCCGCUUUCCACCAUGCUCACAAGCACCAUGGUCGCUCCUCUUCGCCUUCGCCCGCAACCGCGCCUUUGCCGGCCGCGCAAGGCGAUGCUGAAGCCAAUCUGGAUGUACCUGCCGAGGCUGUUGCCGCCGCUGGCCCUUCUCGCUCGCGCGCCAGCUCCUUGGGCUUCGCCGGUCUGGGGCCCAUGACGCCCGGCACAGAAGAGACCGACCCGCUCCUCCUUCGAUCGCGCCUGGUCGAAGAGUCCGAGAUUCGUCGUCGCCACUCGGGCAAGGGCAAGAACAAGCGUAGCGAGCGUCAGAUUCGCAACUUCUACGAAGCGCAGAACGAGCACAUCGAGCGUCUGCUCAAGCCCAUCUCGGCCCACGCGGACGAGGACAAGCAGGCGCAGGAAGCCUCUGCGCUCAAGGUCAAGAUCGCCGUCUACGGCUCCAUCAUUGCCAACUUUGCGCUCGCAGCGCUGCAGAUGUACGCCGCCGUCAGCUCGCUCUCGCUCUCGCUGUUUGCCACCGCUGCCGACUCGGUGUUCGAUCCGUUUGCCAACCUGGUGCUCAACUGGCUGCACCGCAAGAGCGAGAAGGUGGACGAUCGCAAGUGGCCCAUUGGCGGAUCGCGAUUCGAGCCCAUUGGCAACAUCACCUAUGCCGCUCUCAUGGGUAUGGUCUCGGCGAUCUUGGUGGUCGAAUCGAUCCAGGAGCUGGCUACCGGCGAUGGGGACAGGAAGCUGCACAUCCCGGCGCUCAUCGCUGUCGGUGUCGCCUUCACCACCAAAGCCGUGCUGGCGGUCUACUGCUUCGGUCUGCGCAAGUACAGCUCCCAAGUCGAGGUGCUCUACCAGGAUCACCGCAACGACCUCUUCAUCAAUGGCUUUGGUAUCUUCACCUCUGCAGCGGGUGCUACCAUCGCGGGCUGGAUCGAUCCUGCCGGAGCGUUGGUCAUCUCGACCGCCAUCAUCAUUUCCUGGACCCGCACUGCGUUUGGCGAGUUCAAGACCCUCGCUGGCGCCGCGGCCCCAACCGACUUUUUGCAGCUCGUCACGUACAACGCCGCCCUGUUCAGCGACGAAAUCCAGGCGAUCGAGAGCGUACGCGCCUACAGCUCCGGUCCGAGGUACAUUGUCGAGAUCGAUAUCGUCAUGCAUCCCGAGACGCCGCUGUGGAAGAGCCACGAUCUGAGCCAGGCGCUGCAGGACAACUUGGAGAGUCUCCCCAUGGUCGAAAGGGCCUUUAUUCAUGUCGACCACGAGGUCGAGCACGCUUUCGAGCACAAGAAGGGUGUCUAG